AUGGAGCAUACCCGCCCACCCCCAGAAUUAGACUUUUCGGCGUCUGAGGGAAAUCUCCCAGAAAAAUGGAGAAAAUGGGAACAAUCCAUGCGACUAUAUUUAGAUAUAGCGAUGUCAGAUAAAUCUGAAAAGGAAAAAUGUAGUGCAUUCCUAUACAUAAUAGGACAAGACGGAAGGGAAAUUUACAACACUUUCACAUUCACAGAGGAAGAAAAAGACAAAAUUGAAGUUUUAAUAAACAAAUUUAAGUCUUACUGUGCCCCGAGGGAAAACAUAACUGUGUGGCGACACAGAUUCUACACACGUACACAAGGUAAAACAGAAACUAUUGAUGAAUACGUGACCGAACUACGCAUUAUUGCAAAAAACUGUAAAUUUGGUACACUGGAAGAUGAAAUGUUACGCGAUCGUAUUGUCUGUGGUGUAUUUUCAGAAAAGGUAAAAGAACGACUUUUGAGAGACAAUCAACUCACACUUGAAAGGGCCGUAUCUGCUUGCAGAGCCAGUGAGGAGUCACAACAAAUGUUAAAAAAUCUAAACACAGAAGAAGUCAACGCGGUACACAAAAAUCAUCGUGAUAAACAAAACAGACCCCCCAACGAACGUUAUACAAAUAGACCAACACAGAGUGCAAGGGGAGGUAACAAGAAACAGUCAGUCAGGGGAGACAACUCCAACCACAGCAAACAACAUGUAAAACAAAAACUAUUUCAGUGUGGACGUUGUGGCACUAAACACGGAUAUCGGAAAUGUCCAGCAUUUGGUCAAAUAUGUGAUAAAUGUAAGGGAAUGAAUCAUUUCGCUCGACAGUGUAAAACUAAAGUGGUACACGCGAAUGAGGCAGUGGACAUGGAAGGAUUCGAAGACUUGUUCAUUGGUGCAGUACAUAAUCACAAAACAGAGGUUGGAACUAAUGAAGCUUUCGCAAAUCUCAACAUCAAUGGAACAAAUGUCAGGUUCAAAUUAGACACGGGCUCCCAGGCCAACAUUAUAUCGGACAAGUUGUUUAACUGUCUAAAUGUAGAACCAAAAAUCAAAUUAUCGGGCACGGCAACGCGACUAUCGAGCUACACUGGCAACAAAAUACCCAUAAAGGGGAAGUGUAGGUUCCAAUGCCUAAAUGAAAACGUUGAAUUCUACGUCGCAAGGGAAGACACAGUCCCAUUACUUGGAUUCAAAUCAUGUCAAGACCUUGGGCUAGUAAAAGUGGUCAUGAUGACUGAAAAGGUUACUGAGCCGUCAGUGGAUAAACAGGACCCUACUAGCAAGUUUCUGGAAAUAUUUAAAGGAUUAGGUUGCCUUAAGGAGCCAUACACCAUCAAAGUUGACAAAAGUGUAACACCGGUUGUAAACCCACCACGUAAAAUCCCUGCAAAUCUACGCGACAAAUUAAAAAUCACACUCAACGAAAUGGAGAAAAAUGGUGUCGUGAGAAAGGUUGAUGAACCCACUGACUGGGUCAGCUCCAUAGUGCUAGUGGAAAAGCCCAAGUCAGGCAAGUUAAGAGUGUGCCUCGACCCGAGGAAUUUGAACAAGGCCAUAAAGCGUGAACAUUUUGAGUUACCAACAAUUGAAGAUAUCACAACGCGAAUGUCAGGUGCUAAAAUCUUUACUAAGCUCGAUGCCAACAGUGGUUAUUGGCAAAUCCCUCUAGAUGAGCCUAGCCAACUCUUGACAACCUUUAAUACACCUUUCGGCAGGUACUGUUACCUACGCAUGCCGUUUGGCAUAAAGAGUGCGCAAGAAGUUUUUCAGAAGCGUAUAGCACAACAUUUCGAUGACAUUGAAGGUGUCGAAGUGGACAUAGACGACAUACAUCGGAAAGGAUAA